UGCACCACUUUCUGGAACAAACUGUGACGAUCACCGCAACAAAUCUACAUAAAUGUGUUAUUUAGCAGUGAACUGAGUAUCUGCCAUGUCUCAUCUUUCUGUCCUCAUGCAGGCUGCAGACGUGGAGAGGCAGCUGUCCACUCAGGUCCAUUCAUUACGGGACGACUUCAGGGAGAAGAGUCUGUCUACAAGGCAGCACAUGACACGCCUGGAGACGCUGCAGGCAGAGCAAGGGCUCGAAAUUAAGAUGCUGUCGGAGAGGAAGAUGGAGCUGGAGCGCCGGGUGACCGCCAUGAUCGAGGAGAACGAGCUGCUGCAGAACACCGUGGACGACCUGCGGGAGCGGACGCUGGUGCUUGAGAAGCAGUGCCACGAGAAGGACCUUCAGUUGCGACAAAGCCAGCUGGAGCUUCAGGAGGUCCAGGUGUCCCACAGACAACUGACGGCUAAGUUGGCCGAGCUAACUGAGGAGCACAGUCUUCAAACUCUCAGCCCCCACCCGUCCAACCUGCUGUGUGAGAUAGAGCAGAGCAUGGAGCAGGAGGAGCAGGAGCAGGAGAGGGAACAGCUGCGUCUACAACUCUGGGAGGCCUAUUGCGAAGUCCGCUCACUCUGUUCCCAUCUCCGGGGAAACGAUGUCACAGACUCGGCACUCUCCACCGACUCCUCCAUGGAUGAGUCCUCGGAGACGUCCUCGGUCAAGGAUGUGCCUACAGGGAGCCUUCACACCAGCCUAUUAGAGCUACGGAGGUUAACACAGAAUCUGCUGGAUGGGAAUGAGUCUACGGGUUCACGGCGCAGUGAUGAGGAGGCACUAGAGGAGCAGGUGAGGAAGAUGGGAGAAGAACUGCAGGAGGUCAGAGAGCUUUAUGAAUCGGAGCAGCACAAAACACGCGGCAAUGAAGAGGAGCUGCUACAGAUGCACAAUCAGAUGGCGCUGCUCUCCAUUGAGAUCUGCUCUCUGAGGGAAGAGAACGAGCGAAUGAGGGCGAUGGCGGACGUCCGAGAACCCAGUGAGCAGCUCCAGAGCGCCAUAAGAGACCGAGACGACGCCAUCGCCAAGAAGAAAGCUGUGGAAAUGGAGCUGGCUAAAUGUAAAAUAGACAUCAUGUCUCUGAACAGCCAGCUUCUGGACGCCAUCCAGCAGAAACUCAACCUGUCACAGCAGCUGGAGGCUUGGCAGGACGACAUGCACAGAGUGAUUGACCAGCAGCUGAUGGACAAGCACCAGGACGAGUGGCGCUCGGUCCACGCCGCGCUGUCCGGAUCGUCGAGGAGUCAGUCCCCGAGGCGAGCUCGCCGCGUCUCUGAGCGGGACAAGAGACUUUUCUCUUUUUUCAAAAAGAACUGAGCCCUGUUGGAACUGGCCCUUAAAGCACAGCAGAGACACGCAGAGACAGACGCAGGUGAGGGAGAGUAUGGGUAAACAGCUCAGCCAAAGACAGGCGGUGGUAGACAGGCGCUGAUGUUGGGGGGGAGGUUCAGAUCAUUUUGCACUUUAUCUGUCCCAUUGCUCUGCUCCUUACUGAAAGGAAAUGAAUGAAGGUAAAAAAAAAAUAAAAUAAAAAUCAACACUUCCCCAGAGGCUUUGGCUCAGCAAUCCACCCUAAAGAGCGCUUUGCUUUCUGGUCUUACAGAACAGGACAGGGUCACAAAGUUUACCUCCACAGAGGAAGGUUUCCUUGUAGUGCCUACAAAACCCACUGCCAACUCUGUAGAGGUGGAAAACAAUGUUGAAGCGUUUCAGCAUGUACAGUAUGCAUCUCAGUUAUCAGGCCGAGGAGUCUGGGGAAAGGCAGAAGUUUGAAGUAUUAAGGUAGAGCUCAGAGUGUAAAGAGAAGUUCUGGCAGUGACAGAGUAAACACAACGAUGGGGAGUCUCUCAGGUUUAUUCAUGUGUCAGGG